AUGGUCCCUAAAUUUGCGGUGCGCGAGCGCCUCCGAGGCUGUGGAAUUGAUCUGGCCGUCUUUCGACCGCCUUAUGCCGGUGUUCCGGGCAAUUCGUCUGGAGAUUGUGGAUCUGAAUAUCCGUGGAAUAUCCAACCUAAAACUGAUUUCACCUCGAUCGCAUACAAUUGCGUGCGGUGGGUGAUAAGACGUUACAAACCCUCUGACAGGGCGGCGGUUUUGACCCUUUUUCGCAAUGGGAUUACGGAGCACAUACGUCCAGCGUUCUUCAAGGCUAUGUGUCACCCUGACAAUGUGGCUUUGACUGCAAUAAUCUCCGUUACUAUCUACCUGCUGGACGGAUGCACCUGUAGCUUGGCCUUAAUGUCCGGCUUAGCCUGGGUAGGGAUCGUGUACUACUGCUGCCAUGAGACCUACGCCGGCUAUGUUGAAGAGAAGCUACACACAGACAUGCGGGACAUCCAGGCUAGCUUUCUCGACAACCCCGAUAGCUGCUUUUGGGUCGCAGAGGGCAUAGUCGACGGAGAGACUGGGAUUUUUGGCAUGGUUGCCGCAGUGAGGAAGGCGCAUGAUGGCGAAGAGGAGGAGCAAGAGCGCUGUGGCGAGAUUUUCCGCAUGAUCGUCUCAUCGUCCUGUCGCCGUAGUGGCCUGGGCACCCGACUGACUCGUACUGCCAUCGAAUUCUGCCGGGAGCGGAAGUAUUCAAGAAUAGUUCUGAGGACCAGCUCCAUCCAGACGGCAGCUAUAGGGCUCUAUCUGAGACUUGGCUUCAAGCACACGCACACAGACACGUUGUCACACCGUUCUGAUUGGCACACGUGGGUCACAAAAAUCACUUUCCCGCGGAUGGAAAUGGUUCUGUGACACGGACGUCACAUGCUCUGAACGCUUGACUCCUGUGUACCCUGCAGCCUUCCCAACUCUCAACACGGAUAUGUUUAAUGCACAUUCUCCAUUACUGUGAAGAUGCUGUUCCACUCUGUCCUUUUAUAAAUUUUGAAAUUGACAGAAUUUAUAUACCACAUGACAGUUAUCAUUCCCGAAAUACACCAUGUGUACAGCUUCAGAUGAAAUAAUUAAACUUAAAUAUCCUUUGCCAGUUGGAGGGGAAAGAUGGAGAGGAUUUGCCCAGACGUGCGAAAGCCACGAAGUGUUUCGUAUAUUUGGUUUUGUGUGGUUUCUUUGAACUGUGGGUCUUUUGUUGGGAUUUUAUUAAUUGUAUUACAAGUUUUUUUAUUAUAAAUCUUUGGGACCUCAUAAAAGGCAUGUUAACCCUGUCAGGAAAGAAGUAUGACAAGGUGGACAUUUUUACCUAAAGUAAGCGUUUGAUGAAAAUACGAUUGACCUGCAGUUACAAGUUUUUCAAGGAGGCAUUGUUGUGCUUCAAGCACAUUUUAAUAUUAUAAAAUAUUAAUUGGACAUUUAUUAAUGACGUUAAGUUUGACCACAGCCAACUACAAACAAUGUGGGGUCUCUUAAAGGAACAGUUACCUCAAUAUGACAGGAUGGACAGCAAGUACAUGAACACACAAAAAAGUUUAAUAUUGAGAUGACAGAAAUGCAACUAACAUGUCACAGACUCUGUACUGAGAAUGACCUGCAUGUUUGUUUAUGUAUGAAAUCAGGUGAGAAAAAGUUAUGCCACAUUUUAGAAAGUCAAAGUGCUUCUGAAUGGUGCAAAUAUCCCAUGAAUGCAACAACCCAUAGAUAUUUUUCCUGUGCAGAUAUUAACAUCAGUCAGGCACAAGUUUUUGCCAGUCGUGUUAGGGAUAGCAACUGCUGUGUCAGAGGAAAUAGGGCCACCAACUAAGAGGGCAUAUUUGCUGGAAAUGUUUAUUGAAAAUGGCAGCAAAACCACACCUUAGCAGUCAGCUAGAUUUUUUUUAAUGAACAUAUCAGAUCACUACCACUUAAAAGCAGGCUAAAUGGUUAAAAUAGUUCUGCUUAAUUUCAAUGUUCACUGGAAAUUACAGUGCAUAUAAAGUUGAAAACACUAGUGUGAUGGGACAGAUAAUAGAUUUUUUAAUUUUCAUGAAAUUGAAAAUUCAAGAUAUUUUAAGAAUAAAAAAAAUGACAAGUUU